AUUGACAUCAAUAAAAGAAAUGAGCUGUCAUACACCUUUAAACUAGGGGCAUCUUAAGUACUUUAUUACUGAUAGUAUGUUGACAGCUUUGUCACGUGCAUUGGCCAAAGUUCACAUUGAAUAUGCAGUGGCUGCAUUGAAUUGUCAGACUAGAAACAUGUCGACAGAUGCAUCAUCAAAGUUUGCUCUUGCUGAUAGGUUAAAAGGCUCUGGUGGGAAUGUCUGGGUUGAGUUUGGAAAACUAGCUACAGAUUAUAAGGCUACUAAUCUUGGUCAGGGUUUCCCUGACUUUUCUGCUCCUGAAUAUGUGAAAGAAGCUCUCUGUGAUGCUGUAAACAGCCCAAAUGUUUUUAUGAACCAGUACACUAGGAGCUAUGGACACCCAAGAUUGGUGAAUGCCCUGGCUAAGACCUUCUCUCCUAUGUAUGGUAGAGAGAUUGAUCCAAUGACGGAGACUUGUGUUACAGUUGGGGCAUAUGGCUCUUUGUAUGCAGCAAUACAGGGCCUGGUCAAUCCUGGAGAUGAGGUGAUAAUUAUCGAGCCAUUUUUUGACUGCUAUGAACCAAUGGUAAGAUGUGCUGGGGGAACUCCAGUCUUUGUACCACUGAAACCUACCAAAACUGAAGGAACUGUUACUAGUGCUGACUGGAAAUAUGAUCUUGAAGAACUUAGCAGUAAAUUCAAUGAAAAGACAAAGCUGAUUAUUCUCAACACCCCUCAUAACCCAGUUGGCAAAAUAUUCACUAGAUCUGAACUAGAAGAGAUCUCAGCUCUAUGCAAGAAACACAAUGUGGUUGUCAUAUCAGAUGAGGUAUAUGAAUGGUUGGUGUACUCAGGGGCUGAGCAUAUCAAAAUAGCAACUUUGCCUGGAAUGUGGGAGAGAACAAUAACUAUUGGCAGUGCUGGAAAGACUUUUAAUGUAACAGGGUGGAAACUUGGCUGGUCUAUAGGCCCUAGCCAUCUUAUACAAUGUCUCACGACAGUACAUCAGAAUUGUAACUAUACCUGCCCUACCCCCAUACAGGAGGCUGUAGCAGUGGGAUUUGAGACAGAGUUACCAAGAAUUAACACAAAGGAAUGUUUCUACCAUUCACUACCUGCUGAACUCCAAGUGAAGCGUGACAGACUGGCUGAACUUCUCAAAUCAGUAGGGAUGACACCAACAAUACCAGAGGGUGGAUAUUUCAUGAUGGCAGAUAUAAGUCAACUAGAUUUCAAGGUAGAUGAGUCAAAUCCAGAACCUAAAGAUUACCAAUUCGUUAAAUGGAUGACACGAGAAAAGAAGCUGUCUGCUAUUCCCCCUAGUGCAUUCUACAGCCAGGGCCACAAGUUUCUAGCAGAGAAUACUAUACGAUGGUGUUUCAUAAAGAAAGACGAAACUCUGGACAAGGUGGAGGAAAUAUUCAAAGAAUGGAACAAAUAAAUACAAUACUCACGACAGUAGCAUAUUGUGACAUCAUAUGAAAACUUCAAGUGUGACAUCAUAAAUCUCUCAAGUGUGACAUCAUAUUAAAACACUUACGGUGACAUCAUUAUCAUGUGUCAGACUGUUGCUGGAGAAUGACACAAUUAAAUCUUAUUAUGUAAUAGGCUAGUAUUCUGGUCUUCAUUCAGUACAUCUAUUCUAAUUUAUUAAAAGUUUUUAAUUAUCAAACCAAGUAAAAACAUCUGCUUUGGGGUUAAUUUAAUCUUUAUUUGCUUGCCAAAUUCAUUGACAUUUCCCAAAGCAUUUAUUGACAUGAUUGAGUCCGUGUAGAAUAUAGUUCCACUUUGUGAUUAUAAUCAUAUAGUAAUAAUAAAAUAGAAAUAAUAAAAUCUGUCUAAUGUGGACACUUCUGGGAUCAGCCAAAAUAAGGAAAAUGCAAUUUAGGUUAUUCAUAUUAAAAGAUUUGAUAACUGGUAAAUGGUAUCAUUUGAACAUUUAGACAAAGGGAUAAUGAAUAUUAGUAGUCUAAAAAGCAUGCUCAAAUUUGAGAUGUUCGUUUUAGAGCUCUUUGAAGAUUUUAAAGUGUGAUUUUAUUCAACAUAUUUAAAAGAAAUUCAUCAUUUUUCCUAGAUAUAUUUCAAGUUCAGGUUUUAGUUUUCUGUAGUUCAAGUGCUUGGUUUGAUUUCAUCAUUAGCAAAUUGCUAUUUGAACAUAGCUCAAUUACUAAUUUUUGUGAAAAAUAGCAAAUAUUUGCUCCUGAUUAA